CUGUCACCAUGGCCCACCGAUUUCCAGCCCUCACCCCAGAGCAGAAGAAGGAGCUCUCAGACAUUGCCCAGCGCAUUGUUGCCAAUGGGAAGGGCAUUCUGGCUGCAGAUGAAUCUGUAGGCACCAUGGGGAACCGCCUACAGAGGAUAAAGGUGGAAAACACUGAAGAGAACCGCAGGCAGUUCCGAGAAAUCCUCUUUACUGUUGACAAUUCCAUCAACAAGAGCAUCGGGGGAGUGAUCCUUUUCCACGAGACCCUCUAUCAGAAGGACAGCCAGGGAAAGCUGUUCAGAAACAUUCUCAAGGAGAAGGGAAUUGUGGUGGGCAUCAAGUUGGACCAAGGAGGUGCUCCCCUUGCAGGAACAAACAAGGAAACCACCAUUCAGGGGCUUGAUGGCCUCUCCGAACGCUGUGCUCAGUAUAAGAAAGACGGUGUUGACUUUGGGAAGUGGCGCGCUGUGUUGAGGAUUGCUGACCAGUGUCCCUCCAGCCUUGCUAUCCAAGAAAAUGCCAAUGCUCUGGCUCGCUAUGCCAGCAUCUGUCAGCAGAAUGGACUGGUACCUAUCGUUGAGCCAGAGGUGCUGCCUGAUGGAGACCACGACUUAGAGCACUGCCAGUAUGUUUCUGAGAAGGUCCUGGCUGCUGUCUACAAGGCCCUCAAUGAUCAUCAUGUUUACCUUGAAGGCACCCUGCUAAAACCAAACAUGGUGACUGCUGGACAUGCCUGCACCAAGAAGUAUACACCAGAGCAAGUGGCUAUGGCCACUGUCACCGCUCUCCACCGCACUGUUCCUGCAGCUGUUCCUGGUAUCUGCUUUUUGUCUGGAGGCAUGAGUGAGGAGGAUGCUACACUCAACCUCAAUGCUAUCAACCGUUGCCCUCUGCCAAAGCCCUGGAAACUGAGUUUCUCAUAUGGAAGAGCACUCCAGGCUAGUGCACUGGCUGCCUGGAGUGGCAAGGCUGAAAACAAGAAGGCAACUCAGGAAGCUUUCAUGAAGCGAGCCCUGGCCAACUGCCAGGCAGCCCAAGGACAGUAUGUUCACACAGGCUCUUCAGGUGCUGCGGCCACCCAGUCGCUCUUCACAGCCUCCUACACCUACUAGAUCCUGUCACCCACCAGCCAGCCUCCAGCUCUCCUGAGUAUUUUGCUUGGAGAGCUGAGAGGCUUCAAUCAACCCUGGGGAUUAGAUAAAGUUUGAUUGAACUGCUUAAAACACAAUAUACGUGAAUCACAAACACAGGAGAAAAGCUGAAUCAGCUGCUGAAACACGAGUAUGAGCAUGUCACACAAUAGUCUCUGAAUACCUCCAGUUCCCCGUGUUCCAGAACACGCCCCCGAGAAAGAACAGGCUUUAGAGGAAAGCCAGGCCCCCAUGCACACAGCAACUGCUGAGGGAAGCUGCUCAGAAGCUAGGGGUGGAGAAGGGCAUUUUAACAAACAUACUUACCAGGGGUUGGUUGUGAAGGAUGCACAG